UGUAUUUCAUUAUGAUUUUCGACUGUUUAAACAUAUCUGAUGUUGUCCAAUCAUAAAGCAUUCGUUUCUGUCACUUUCGAGUUGUGAAAGAGCAAUGGGCUAUCGUUCCUGCUUCGGGUGAAACAGUUCCUGUUUGUGUAUUGUGCAGCUCUGGCAACAAGACAAUGCUGCUGAUAAAUGGCGCUUUAUCGAAUUCUGAGAAAACAACUUUCAAGAGCUUAAUUUUCAAAUCAGAUUGGUACAGGAAAUCUAAAAUCGGACCCACAAGAAACGAAACGUAAAAUGUCAUUCGAGUCAGGAAAAUUCGUCGGCACCGUUCCCGGCAGGAAUCAAUUGACGGAAUGAAUGCAUCACCCGCUUGAAGUCUUGAAGGCGAAGUCAGCGAUUUACUAGAGCCAAACCUCAAAAUGUUGAAAGCGAGAGGAAUGUUUUCACGCUUAAUUUCCUCCGAUAGUUCGAACGUAGAAGAGGAAGAACACGACUCAGCUUUUACUGAAGAAGCUGUGCAAUCCCGCGAGCUCAAAGAAAAACGAACUGCUUUUCGUUCGUCCAGAAGCAAAUCGGAAAGCAGUGCUGUGUCUGGCGAUUCCGCUGCAAGAUAUAUUUCGUGGGAGAAUGUGUCAUUCUUAGGACACGAGUUGAGGAAAACGGUUCGGAAAGGGUUUCACUGGUUGGCAUACACUUCGCCAGAUAGCGAAAUGUCGUCAAAAGUUAAAAGACAAGCCCCUCAAGGGACCAAGGAGUAUCUGGUUGAUAACAAUGAUACGCUGGCAAAGAUUGCACUGUCAUUCGACACCACUCCUUCUGAGCUGACUCGUAUCAACAAACUUUCCUCUCAUAUGCUUUUCCCAGGCCAGGAGAAUGGUUCAUCUUACAGUGGAGAGCAUGAGACCGUCAAACUCACUAAAGACGUGUCCUGGGAAGAAGAAGAAGAAGAAGUCACAGAGCAUUAUCUGAAGAUUUAUGCAAAAUACAUCACCGAUGGCCAGGGUAUCACAAAUGGAGUUCUUCUCAUAACACCUCACUCUGUCAUGUUCAAGCCGAAUGUGUCUGACCCACUUGUAAUGGACAGAGGACUGGAUACAUAUUGUGUAGACACACUCAUGACAUCUGUCACCAGUGCUGCCAUGUACACAGACAUUGCUGCCAUGGCAAUUCAUGACCCCCUUAAACCUGGAAAGUUCUACUUAGAUGCUGGCACAGCUGAAUCACUUAGUCGUCAAAAUAGUAUUGACAUAGACACCGCGCCUCCUACAAUAUGUAAAAGUUGCGGUAAAGUUUGUACAAAUCUGGAAGAGGACACGGACCCAUUGUCACAAGUUGACUUGUCACACUGUUGUGUGUGCAAUAUUUCAAACUUUUUCCCCGUAUCAACGGAUGAGGAUGUGAAAAUUGUUGUUCGGCAAAUUCUCGAAAGUAUUGUUACUCAAGUAGAUGAUUUGGGAAAUAGUCACGUGCCAGAAAAGACAGGAAAAUCGGUGGGAACUCCAUUGGUUCUUCAAGGAAGUCUUGCAGGAGGAGAUAUGCACUCGGUGUCACCUGCAUCGGAGGAUUCUGGCAUAGGGUGUUCUUUGGGUCAUGCGGAUGAAUCCAAGGCAGAAGAACCAGAAUUGGCAGAUCACACAGCUCACCAAGGACCACGUGACCAGUUGAAAGAUUCUGGUGCUGUACAGAGUUCAGUCAGCAGCAACGGGGCUGGACCUGAUGAAAAUAAACCAGACGAGGAACAUUUGAGAAAUUCUGCAGCAAGUGUUGAUGGGCAACUUGAACAUUCACACUCCUCGUCGUUGUUCGCUGCUUUUAGCAGUAAUGUAAGGUACUGGCUUGGACAAGAAAAUCACGAAACAAACGAGAGGCAAGGUAGCGAGAGCGAUGAAGAUGUCAUUGUGCCUAAACCUGCCGCCACUUCCAACCAUCAACCUCUCUAUCUGUGUUUGAGGAUCAGUAAGAAGCAUUGGUGUCGGCAACAGAGCAUGUUCGGUUCGUUUCCUCGACAAGGAGAACAGCUUCAAGACAGAGACAAGAAACGAAGGGAAUACUGGUUCGCCAUUCCACCAUCAAGGACAGAGCAAGUGUACAGUUUCUUUCAACAGUGGUGCCCUAACAUCCAUAAUGCAACAGACGAAGAAAGCGAAGAUGACGAAACAACUUCGCCAACGUGCAUCGCAACGGAGGAAGAGGGAUUAAAUUUAGUGGAAUCAUUUUAUUCUAACAGUCCGCCGUCUCAUUCGCGUGCCAAAUUGUCAAGAGCACUCAGCGACAGCGAGGUUCCCAAAGUCAAGAAAGGUUUUCGAAGAUUUGUAUCCAAACCUGGCAAAGCUGCCAAAGUGAUGUCAAGUCCCAAAUCACCAACUUCUCUCCUUUUUGAGGACGUUUUACCGGAUAUGGACUGCAAAUCAGAAAUGCUCAACGAAGAGCAUUUGAGGAAAUUGAACAGCACGCUCCCCUCAAGGACCAUUGGGCAUUGCUGGGCGUUGGUGUACAGUACGUUUGAACAUGGCUUCUCCCUCAAGACACUGUACCGUAAGAUGGAGUGUUACGACACACCAGUGCUACUUGUGGUUAUGGAUGAUGCACAGCAUAUUUUUGGUUCGCUUUGCUCUUGUCCUCUGAAAGUUAGUGAAGGAUUUUAUGGUACAGGGGAGUCUUUCCUGUACAAGUUUGAAAAGAAUUCACUGAAGGUAUUUGGUUGGACCGGGGAAAACAAUUUCUUCAUCAAAGGGUCAAAGGACAGUCUGGCUAUUGGCAGUGGAGGUGGAAACUUUGGUCUGUGGUUAGAUGAAGACCUCUAUCACGGUCGCAGUCACCCCUGCACGACGUACAACAACACACAGCUUUCCUGGAAAGAAGACUUUCUCUGUAGUGGACUGGAAGCCUGGACGUUCGUGUGAUUUCUCGCCUGUUUUCCUUCAUACAGCACCAAUCUACUAUGGUCUUUCCUUGCCUUUGUGGAGUUGUGGGAAUCAGUGAUAAGGCCUUUCAAACCCUUACCCGUAACCUUUAUUAACGCUUUAACUCUCAUGAGUGACCAAGACAGAAUUUCUCCUUACAAUAUCAAUCAGAUUUCUUGUCUGAUUUCAAACAGACAAGUGAUGAGAAUAAAGAAAAAUAUCAGGAAGGGGACUACAUGGAUAAGUUGAUCUAAUACCAGGUUCUCCAAACUGACAUCAUAAGAAUCGUAGGGAGAAUUUCAAAUGAAUUCUUGGGAAUGAAAGUGUUAACGCAGAUUUAAGAUCUGCGGGUCUGAAAGCGAAACAUCAUAAAUGCACUGAAGGAGUUUAUUGGUUGUCAAAGUGAAGGUCUGUGAUAUUUGGAGAUGAGUUUAACUGAUAAAUUUUGCCGAGGAUGUUAUUCAUUUGCAGCAAACCUUUGAAAGGUUGGGCCUCGCACCAAGUUUUCUGGGACAGACUUGUUGAGGACAAUACAGCGGUCACACGUCUGCGCGUGCGCAAUUAUUGUAGUGGCUAGGUAGCGUGCUUUCUUGUAGCCUCACAGGACUUGGAAAAAAAAAAAAAAAAAAAAAAAAAAAACCUUUACAAGCCAGAACGUAACGGUGUCGUAUACGGGUGUAUUGUUUUUGAUAAAGCUCAAAACAAAACGAUGAAUUGACAGUAACUCGUCACUGAACUAGCUUUGUAUGCGAGAUGUCUUAAGUUUUCCUCACCCUAACCUUAUUUUGCCCUUUUCUAAUCUCUUUGAAAAUUAAAUUUUUUUUUUUCGCAAAGCUACGUCGGAUUUCUUCUUAACUUGUCCUUUUAGAUUUGCGCGGGAAAAUGGCGCGGGGCUGGCAAAAAUUGAUCCGUUCGCACAUGCCCAACGCUUGACCGCUGUAAUGUUGUUGACGGAUCUACGACAGUUCGAGAGAAGCUUAUUUAGUUAUCAACUUUUUACACGUUUCGGGUUACGGACUUGUUACUUCCUCGUUCGAGCUUGCGAGUGAGUUCUAAGAACCUCAUUGGCAUAAACGUAAGGUACGUAGGUGUCUUUUUUUGUUCCGAAAUCGUUGGGGAUUUGUGUUUGUACACCGCGGGUUAGUCGUAUACUUCUUGCUCGACGAUCAAACAUCAAUUCAGCUACGUUAUUGUUGUAGCAUCGUUAGAAAAAAACAGUUAUACUAACCCUUUGUAAUCCUUUUCUUGGUUUGUUAUUAAGUCAUUCCUGUUUCUUUAUCGUGACGAUGUGAUAUUUUCUAUUUUCCUUAAAAUUGAGGUAGUGCUACAUUUACCAAUGGGAAAAGGCCAGGAAUUGUCCACAGUCAACGAAUUGAGCGACGCACAAAUAAACUCGCCAGGCUUGUGUCACUCAUGUUGCGAGCCUUGCCGGGCAUGUCUUGAUCACGUGCUAGCGUAACCUCUUCGUUUCUGAAGUAGAUUCCUUUUAAUGCUUGUAAAUACACAGAAAAAAAAAGCAGAUGGUGUUUACCGAUAGCGUUUCCUUUAAACUUUAAGACGAAGUGUUAACUUAUUAAAAGAGAAUAUGAAGCGAAAAAGAUAUGUAAUUUUAGAAUUAAAAUAAACAAACAUUGUUAUU